AUGAGUGGCUUUCAUAUGUUCUUGUUCCUAGGCGCCAUUUGGUUUGUGUACUCGUUUGUCUACAUCGGCUGCAUGAUCAGUCGACGUGCAAAACUCGACUGGCAGAUGUCGCACAUGGCAAGAACAUUCGCAUUGACCAAUCACCGUCAGAUGGAGUCCCAGUUCCCUGGCAGCACCAAAAUGGCCGAUGUCGAAGUCCAAGAAGGCAAUCCGUUUGUGGUUAGCCACAAGCACCUGGACAACGUAUGUAUUCAAUUUUUCUUUUGUUUCCUUCCGGAUUUGUUCUACACUAUGCUCUUGUCUUCGCCGGCGACAGUCGACGAGUUUGAAGUGUCGCAGUACAAGUCGGAGACCACCACGGAAGAAAUCUAA